UAUCUUUUGGCCAUAGAAUCAAGUUUUCGCGAAAACCCCAAAAACACUCUCCUCUGGAAAAAUCAAAAAAAAAAAAUGAGUAGAGAAGGAGAAAGAGAUCACGAUGAUGAUAGAUAUAGAAAUAGAGAUUACUCAAGAAGACGAGAUUCAAGGCUCUCAUCGAAAGUAGAAGUUCCCGAAGACCGCUAUCAUCGUCGCGAUAAAGAUUCAGGUAGGUCUCCAUCUUCUUAUUAUCAUCGUCAUAGGGAAAAUCGUCAAAAUUAUCGUAGUCCUAGUCGUAGUCGGAGUCCAGUUCAAAGAACAAGAAAAUCUUAUCAUGAAUCUGACCGUAGUAACAAUCGACGUGAUAGAUCUGAUUCGGAGGAAUACAGAAACCCUAGAGGAAGUCCUGUUUAUGAAAACCUAAAGCUAGGUAAUCAUCAGAAUGAUAAUUAUAAACGUAAUCACCAGCGCGAUGGAUUUGUUGCGCCGUUUCUUGAUAGAGAUACGAGAAGUGGAAAAUCACCUGAUUCUGAUACCGAUGAGGAAUUGAAAGGUUUGAAUUAUAGUGAGUAUAGAAGACUUAAGAGACACAAAUUAAGGAAAAAGAUGAAGAAUUGUAUAUGGAAUAUAUCUCGUAGUCCUUCUCCAAGGUCAGAUAGAGAGGAAUUUGAACCGGUAGCUGAAGUCAAGGAAAUUGAGAAUUUGGUUGAUGGUGGAAAUUUGAGAAAUGGGGUUGAAGGAAGGGGGAGAUCUGAGUCUGAUGAUGAUUCAGGGAAGAGUUCGUCGGAUACAGAGUCUGAGACAGAUUCUGACUCGGAUAAGGGUAAGUCGCGGAGAAAGAAGGGAAGAAGAAGAAGAAAAGAUAGGAGGAGUAGAAGUAGUAAGUCUUCGAGGGCCAAGAAGAAAGGAAGUAGGAAACCUGUUACUGAUUCUGAGUCCAGUGAGGAUGUGAGCGAGUCUGAGAGUUCUGAUUAUUCUAGUGAUGUGGAUAGGAAAAGUAGGAAGAAGUCGAAGAGCAGACGGGGUGGGUACGGAAAGAAAAAUAAUAAGGGAAGUAGUAGGAAAUCAAGAAGAGCACAUAGGAAGAGGAAGGAUAGUGAGUCUGAGGAAAGCAAGAGUGAGGAGAGCGGAAGUGAAAAAUCUGAUUCAAGCCCAAUUUCUGAUCAAGGAAAAGCUGCAAAGAAGAAACAUUCUACUUCGCUUUCUCGUUUGAAGAAGAGCAAGAGAAAGAGAGAUUCUGAAUCGGAAACUGGGAGUUCGGCUAAGAGUGCUUCUGACAGAGAGGUUGAUACCAAAAUCAUUCCUGAAAUAGAUAGUUCACUGAAAGAUGAGAAUGCUAGUGAGAUGCUCGUAUUUAAAGAAUCACAAAAGAGAACUGCUGUUGUUGAUGAUGCUCCUGUUGGACCAAUGCCUUUGCCGAAACCUGAAGGGCAUAUUAGCUACGGAGGUGCACUCAGGCCUGGUGAAGGUGAUGCUAUUGCUCAGUUCGUGCAGCAGGGGAAGCGUAUCCCUCGUAGAGGAGAAGUGGGCCUUUCAGCUGAUGAGAUUUCAAAAUUCGAGAGUCUUGGAUAUGUGAUGAGUGGUAGUAGGCAUCAAAGAAUGAAUGCCAUUCGUAUACGAAAGGAAAACCAAGUUUACAGUGCGGAGGACAAACGUGCGUUGGCUAUGUUCAAUUACGAGGAGAAAGCAAAGCGUGAGCAGACAGUAAUGGCUAAUCUGCAACGGUUGGUGCAACGCCACAUUGGGGAGGAUGUAGGUCCAACUCACGAUCCAUUUGGGGGAAAAGCCUCUGAUGCAGCUGAGACGUGAUGUUCCUGAAUGAGACAGGCAUGUGAGAUAGGCAGCAUAUUGUUUUGUCUAAACGUCAAAUAAUUUGGGUCGUCGCGUACUAAAAGUAUAUGAUUCUGCUCUUUUUACAAAUUGCUUCAGAUUUGAUAAAGGAUAUGUUCCUCAGAACUGUUAUUUUCUGGACUUUUUGCUCAGUCAUUUAUAACUUCAUCACAAUGUACUAUCAAAACAUUCCUUCACAUCUAAGUUGCUAAAACAAGCAUAACAUAAUGUUGAGGUUGUA